AUGAUUGCUCAAACGUCUCGUCCGGUCGGUGGCCCACCGGCGCGCCCCACGAGGGUCUGGAGCAGCAUCGAGAGCACCGAUUGGUGGGAGCGUGUGGUCAUGAGGGAGUUCCAGCCCUCCGAUUGGCUGGAGAAGUUCCGCAUGACUAAAGAGACGUUCUUCCUGCUGUGCGGAAAGCUGAAGCCGCGGCUGAGCCGUCAGGACACCCGUCUGCGUCCGGCGCUGCCGCUGGAGAAGCGUGUGGCCGUGGCUCUGUGGCGUCUGGCCUCUAACGUGGAGUACCGCACCAUCAGCGCUCUGUUUGGCGUGGGCCGUUCCACCGUCUGCAAGUGUGUGCGAGACGUGUGUCAUGCCAUCGUGCUGCUGCUGCGGCCGCUGUACCUACGCUCCCCGAGCGAGCAGGAGCUGGAGGAUGCUGCACGACUCUUCGCCUCGCGCUGGGGCUUCCCUCACUGCGUGGGAGCGGUCGGCAGCCUCCACGUGCCCAUCAUCGCUCCAUCCAGCAACACGCACAGCUACUGGAACAGCCGCGGCUGGCUGUCGGUGGUCACUCAGGGCGCUGUGAACGGGCUGGGGCAGUUCUGGGACGUGUGUGCCGGCUUCCCGGGCAGCACCGAGCACUCGGCCAUCCUGCAGAACUCCACGCUGUGGGCACGCGGCUGCGACGGGUUCCUGCUGCACGAGCCGCCGCUGGACUUCAUGGGCCGGCCGCUGGGAUAUCUGAUGCUGGGAGACGCCGGAUACCCUCUGAAGAGCUGGCUGCUGAAGAGCUUCCCGGAGUCCGGCGCGCUCUCGGAUGCUCAGAGAGCGUUUAACCGUAAGCUGGAGCGGGCGCGCGGCGUGGUGGACGAGGCCUUCCUGCGGCUCCGAGCGCGCUGGCAGUGUCUGCUGAAGAGGAACGACUGCCGCAUGGACGUGAUUCCCACCAUGAUCCUGGCCUGCUGCGUGCUGCACAAUGUGUGCGAGGUGCACGGAGACGAGUUCAUCGAGCACUGGGAGGAGGCGGUGCGUCACGAGGAGAGUCCACAGCCCGCAGACGAGGUGUCACCCGCCUCUGAUGACCACGACGGAGAGGAAGUCCGAGCGCUGUUCUGCCAGUACUUCCUGCAGCAGGAGAACCAGCAGCGGACGCUGGCCUGCUGAGACAGAGACAUCGAGCGUGUCUGUGAACAGCCUGCCGUCCUUGAGCGCUGCAGUGCUUUGGCUCUUCUCCUCCUCUGUUUUGUGCUGUCUUUUCCAGAACUUGAUCUCAUCUGUUCACUUCAGUCACAUCUGAAUGCAGAACAUCACAGCGAGAGUAAUGAACUGUACAGAAAGACACACGGCUCUGAGCUGCUGUCAGUAGUGUGUUUGUGGGUUAGUUAGUGCAGUGAUCAUCAGCUCAUUAGCAGACAGUAGGCUUGUUCGAGACGCAUCGGCGUGUGACAACAAAGCACCGCGAGAGCGAUUGGAGAGCAGGCGGCUCUUUAUGCUUUUGAAUCGCUCUGGCGGUGCUUCCGAUGAGUCUCGAACAAGCCUACUCCAAGACCUGAAAUGAAUCGUGCAGAGCUGGGCUCCAGGAACGGUUGGGAACCGACUGGGUCUUCGGCCCUAAAACUGGAGCUGGUGAUUCUGAGCGCGGCCGUGAAGAGGCGGGGGUUCUGAUGGAGGAAGAGCGAGCCGGUCUGCUGCCGGGAUUCAUCAUCACCGAGCCCCAUCAUCACACAGGAUCCGGCCUUCAUUACAUCACAUCACUAUGAGUCUGCAGACAGUGCAGUCUGUGCCAGCUCUCAUUACUCUGGCUUUAAUGUUUUCACUUCGUCUUUAGCAUGUUUUUAUCAGACCAGAUGCUCUUUUAGCUGCUGUAGACAAGCAAAGCGUAGAUAACAGUCUUUCAGCAAGAAAAGAGGGCGUGGUCAUGUGACCGUUGUGAUGUCAUCAACGUAAUUGCUGUG